AUGGCGCACUCUGCCAGCCUGCACAGCGCCGCCACCGAGCUUAUAUACAAAAUCGUGGGACCCUCCGCUUCGGACAACCCGCGCAAAUUCAGAAGAACCAGAGAUGCCGUCUUGAGGGGCCUCCGGUCCCAGCAGUGGGCGCGCGUGAACCAGUUCGACGUGCAAUCCAGCUACGAGGGCCUUAUUGAGAAGUUCAUAGUCCGGGACCGCGAGGACUUGGCCGAGGCCCUGGAAGAUCGCGUCAGGGAGUUGCUCAGACUGCAGACCAAAACGACGCCGGAUAUCCUAGCCCUGUUCCUUAGCCUGUCGGACCGCCCCGUCGAGAACUCUAGCUUGGAGGACCUUGAGAGGAUAAAGCCACCGAAGCCUGCACCUGAGCUCACAUGGGCCGAGAUCAUUGCCGAUGAUCCGCUGGACGAGGAGGGCAUUUGGGACGACAUUGACUAUGCCGCCGAAUCUUCCGAAGAUGAGCAAUCCGAACCUGCGCCGCGACAGAGAAAACGCGCGGCAACCGAGGACACCACUCCGGCCUCAUCCGUCGUUGACGAAGACGAAUUCACUGCUGCUGCUGAGGCAUGCAUCAUCUCCCCUGAUCCCUCUGUCCUGCAGGGCAUCGAAGAAGCUCAAUUUUGGAGGCAAUCACAUAAGCGUGACUCAAUGCUGCCCAAGCCAGAAACCCACAUCACUGAGCUUCAAGCGGUGCGAGAGACAUUGUUCAUGCUACGUGGCGUGCCCGCGUCUCUGUUUACUCUGAACAAAGACCUGAGGAGAAUGGAACUCUCGAAGAACUACGCUCUAAGCCAUACAGCGAUCCCUACCUGGCAACACCAGUUGCAAGAGCUCGCGGGUAUUGGCACUACACUUCUGCAGUUGCGUUUCUGGGUGAAGUUUGAGCAAACGAUUGCUCUCCUUCAAACCUUCAGGGCAGCCAUAGUUGAAGAGCUUCGGUCCUUUGAUACGUUCGUUGCGCAAUUGCAAGACUGUUGCCUUGGUUCUGGUCGACCGGUGACAGUCAGCCUGAUUGCGGUGACGACUAAGGUCCGGCAAAGAGCAAGUCCUCUUUUACGCAUCAGGAGGCUUAUCACGGAAGCUUCACAAAGUGCCCAACGGAGCCCUUUCCUUUUACUAGAAGGCCUGUAUGAUGAAAUCAACAUGGCCCAGAUGGCUGGAGAUGCCGACUUAUUCUCUGUCCUCUCGCGAAUUUUCUUCCGGUGCUUGCAAACUUACCUGAAGCCAAUCCGGCGUUGGAUGGAGGAGGGCGAACUUGGCAUCAAUGAUCAAAUCUUUUUCGUCGGUACAGUGGAUAAAUCCAGUGAAGCAGCAUCGCUGUGGCACGAUCAGUUCAUUCUUCGACGUGACCAGUUGGGCAAACUGCACGCUCCCAGCUUUUUGCAUCCGGCAGCGAAGAGAAUCUUCAAUUCUGGCAAGAGUGUCAUCUUCUUGAAAGAACUCGGCCAUCAUCUUUCUGAUUCGUCGGAUGUAACAGAGCCACGACUGGACCUCGAGGCUGUAUGUGGCGCAAGCACUUUCGACUCUUCAUCAAUCCCUCUGGCACCCUUCUCCGAACUAUUUGGAUUCGCCUUCGAGGACUGGAUUCGCAGCAAGUAUACAUUCGCAUCCUCCAUCUUACGCGAGAGGCUAUUCUCCGGCUAUGGUCUUUGGGAGUCCUUAGAUGCACUAGACUUCAUCUACUUAUCAAAGGACGGCUCGCUCAUGCAGGCAUUUGCCGACACCGUCUUCGAAAAGCUCGAUCGCGGACGCCGCGGUUGGAACGACCGCUACGUAAUGAGCGAGAUUGCACGAAGCAUAUACGGAACAGUACCCAGCGUCCUGGCCGACAAGCUCGCGAUCCGCACAGUGUCCGUCAAGGAGAAGAGCACCAGCCCCCGCAGCGUCAAAGCCCUCGCCGCCAUCGCAGUCGACUACUUCCUCCCCUGGCACAUCGUCAACGUCAUCCAACGCCACUCCACCGCCACCUACCAGCGCGUCUUCGUGCUGCUCCUCCAGGUCUACCGCGCCCGCUACGUCCUCCGCACCUCCAGCCUCUGGCGCAGCACCGCCGCCCUCCACCGAACAACAACACCACAAAACCAGCGCGCCGCUGCCGCCGCCAAGCACAAGCACCUCCAAUACCACCUCCGCCACCGCCUCCUCUGGCUCGCCGACACCCUGCACUCCUACCUCACCGAGACCGUCUUCGCCGCCUCCACGGCCAGCCUCCGCGCCGCCCUCGCCCGCGCCGCCGACAUCGACGAAAUGGCCGCCGUGCACGCCGCGCACGUCGCGGCGCUCGAGGAUCGCUGCCUGCUGGCGCCGCGGCUGGCGCCCCUCCACGGCGCGCUCGUCGAGCUGCUGGACCUGUGCGUCGCGUUUGCGGAUCUCGUCGCCGCGAGCGAGGAGGAGGAGGAGGAAGGGCAGGAGGGACGGAUGAUGACGGCGGCGGCGGCGGAGUGGGGGCGGUCGACGGUGGGGGGUUCGGCGGAUGGCAGGAGGAGGGUUAGUGGGGUGGCGGGGAGGAAGAGGCCGGGUGUGCAGAAGGGGGGGAGGAGGGUCAGUGGGUUGCAGGUUGCGCUGGCGGAGGUGUCGGACGAGUCGUCGGAAGAUGAGGCGGAAGGUGGUGGUGGUGGUGGUGCGGAGUUGGAUGGCGAGGACGGGGGUGUGGGGAAGAAGGGGAGGAAGAGGUCUGCGGUGAGGGAGAGGGGGUCGAUGCAGGAGAGGUUGGGCCGGAUGAAAGAGGCGUUUGAGAAGCACUUUGCAUUCGUCAUUGCGGGCUUGAGGGGCGUGAGUAGGGCGGGCGGCGAGAGGUGUUGGGAGGUGCUAGCCGAAAGGCUGGAAUGGGAAGCCGCGCAAGGAAAAGUUGGUGGCGGCAGAGGUUGA